CAUGUACCAAGGGAAGAACUUAAGAGCAGAAUAAAAAGGCUGGCAGCCAGAAUACUUCUAUCCACUCGCAUCUUGAGGUGUCUACAGAGUCUGUCCUGCGUGUCAGUCUGCUCCUGAGCAUCCACCAGCCAAGAUGUCCUGCCAGCAGAGCCAGCAACAAUGCCAACCCCCUCCCAAGUGCACCCCCAAGUGCCCUCCCAAGUGCCAGACCCCAAAAUGUCCCCCAAAGUGCCCCCCGAAAUGUCCUCCCAAGUGCCCCCCUGUGUCUUCCUGCUGUAGCCUGGGCUCUGGGGGCUGCUGUGGUUCCAGCUCUGGUGGUUGCUGUGGUUCCAGCUCUGGAGGCUGCUGCAGCUCUGGGGGUGGAGGCUGCUGCCUGAGCCACCACAGACCCCGCAGAUCUCUCCGUCGCCAUCGUCACAGCUCUGGAUGCUGUAGCAGUGGUGGCAGUAGUGGCUGCUGUGGCAGCAGUGGUGGCAGCAGUGGUUGCUGUGGCAGCAGUGGUGGCAGCAGUGGCUGCUGUGGCAGCAGUGGUGGCAGCAGUGGCUGCUGUGGCAGCAGUGGUGGUGGUAGUCAGCAGUCUGGAGGCUGCUGCUGACCUGAGCAACUAACACUUUAGGCAAGCCAUUCAGGAGGAAGCUAUGUUCAGAAGACCUGCCCCUGCCUGCUGUUCUGCCCUGUUCCUCCUGUGUUUCAAGGCUAGGUCACUACAAUACUGAAAUCUAACUGUGGAGAUUCAAAAUUUGUUCCCAUGUUGCUACCCGCUUCUGUGUUUCAGAGUAAUAAAGCCUUCCUCACAGAUUCA